GAAUUCAGCCAUGACCAGAUGGAGACGUCUCUGACACACACGUGUACACGACGGCUGGUGUCGCCCCGCAUCCAUUCGUCCCAUCGUCUCAUUUUCUCAUUUACUCCUCGCAACGCAAGUCGCGCCACAAUGGACAAGAAGAUGGAGGAAGGAGUCGGCGUUAGCAAGCGUAUCCCUCCCCGUCGCGGUGGGGUUGUUCGAAGAGCUUUUCUGAGCUGCAGGGACUUCUGGACGGGCGUGACAGUGAUCCCGACGUUUGUCGUAGUGUUGAUCGGUUUGGUGUUCUUUGGGUUUGCCAUGGAGGCGCAUAUUCUCGCGUGUAUGCCGGAAUUCUCAGUCUUUACCGGAAAUGGAGUCUGCACCCCGCGCGUCUUGAACGUCAGUGGGAUCGAGUACCACUCGGGUCAUCGAUUUUACUCUGUACUUAAAGAUAUGGGUCAACCGAAGGCGCUAAAGUUUCGAGGAGCUCAUACCAAACUUUGUGAGGAGAGUCUACGCACUAAGAUGAAAUAUGGCUACUGUUUACCCAUAUCGGGAAGGAAGGAUACUCCCUUCUGUCUCGCAGGAGACCGAACUGACCUGUUGACUACUUCGCCCAAGUCUGUUUGUUACGCGAGUGUACUACACAUGCUACUGGUGGAUGUGUACGAGGAGUUGAAGGCUACGGGAAACACUCCACUGAUCACGUUUGGAUCGCUGCUUGGGGCUGUGCGAAAUGGCUCAAUGAUCCCGUUCACUGAGGACACGGACAUUGGCUAUGUGGGGAGACUUCACGACAUUCAGCCGCUCCGUAAAGCGCUGUGGAACAAAGGCUAUCACAUGUUCUUCUUGAGGAUCUGGCGCGUUUGUGUGGCGCCCACGCAUCCACUUGCAGCGAAAUUGUAUGACGCAAGCUUGCCGCUCACUCAGAGCUACGCUGUGCCGUACGUCGACUUGUACAGGAUGAAGAAAGUCAAGAAUGGCAAUUGGGAUAUUCAGGAAAUGGACGGCAGCAACGGACGCUUCCUUCCUGGUCACAUGGUGGAGCCUUUUUCACAGGUGACGAUCAAUGGAAUGCCGUUUGACACCGUGCAUGAUCCCCAUUUCUUCUUAACCGAAGCUUACGGACCGGAUUACAUGACGCCACAGCAGCGAACUGAGGCUCCAGCGAUAGAGGCAAGUAAUAGUACAAGCAAUAGCACAAGUAGCACAGUAGAAGAAAAGAAAUAACUAGUUUGAAUAAAUAGAGGAAACGGCGAUCAUGCAUGCCGUGGGUGUACCUACGUAUCAAAGCCUGUAGUGCAGUUGCACCACGACGUAAUAUGUCAAGUUGAUUAUUGCC